AUGACGAUUCCUUAUCUUUCAGAAUUGGUUACUGGUAGAGAUGAUUUUACAAUAAGAGUAAGAAUUUGUAGAAUGUGGAACGCCAUUAAUCUCAAGAAAAAUGGUGAGCUUAUCAUUAUGGAUAUGAAUUUAUCGAUGAAAAGGAAAAAUCAGGUUAACAGGUUCAAAGACAAGUUGAAUGAAGGUUCUGUAUUUAUCAUCAAGAACUUCAAAGUUGUUGAAAGCAUUAGGGGAUAUAGACCUGUUCAAAACUCAUUGAAAAUCAUUUUCGUUGCCUCAACUGCAAUCAAGAAUUUGUCUGAAGAUAUUGUUGAAAUUCCAGUAAACGGUUUUGAAUUUAUUAAUCCAGAUGUGAUUGACUCAAGGGUGAACAACAACAUUGUCUUAUCAGAUGUUGUUGGUUGUUUAUAUGGAAUUGGUGAUAUCGAGAGCGUUGGUUCAAAAUGGAAGAAGAGGGAUAUCCACAUUCUUACUGAGUAG